UUGCCGCGUCAAAUACUGUUGGUGGUGUGUUGCGGUUGACUUUGUUUGGUUUCGUUUCGUUUGUUCAGCAAUCAACCGUAGACAGCAGAUACUCGAGAUCUCGUGCUGAGUUUUCGGUACGUUUUGGUAACCUUUCGUCGCAUUCGCGCUGUUUUCUAUGUAUACGAGCACCGUAACUCCACGGCGAAGCAUCUGAAAAUUCGAAUUAGCUCAGCGGUUUUUUGGCAAAAAUUUCUUUUUGUCGUUAUCUUUUUGGCAUCAUUUUCAUACCCGAAUAUAUGGGAUUUUAUAGUGUUGUUUUGCAUCGUCGUUAUUAUCUUUUGUUGUGAAUUGUUGCUAUUAUACAGUGUACGAGUAUGUACAUAUUUUGUAUAUGAAAAUGUUCGACUCGAGUCGCCGUUCACGCUAAACUUGAUUUUUAAGCUGAGCUUGCAAAAAAUACAAAACCAUAGUGUUUACUGGCGAAUUCCACAUAGAAAAAGAUACGAGCACAAAAACAAGUCUGUCUUUAACAGGCAAGAUGAUUAUAAGCUAUGAAAUUGUGUGGUGAAAAAAGCGACGUACCUAAUAAAAAAUUUCAAAUUAACAGGAUUUAUGAAUUGUUUGAAUUGAAGGCGCCUAUUUUGGCAGCAACUAAGUCAAAUUUGUGUUAAAGUCAUUAACUUUUUGUAAUCGAGUUUUAUUUAUUUAUAUUGUCCUGGAUUAAAUAUACUUAAAUAACUCGAUUUGGUGCGAAGAACUCGUUUCGAAAACGGUUUGUAAAUAUUGUGACUUCAUAAUCACAAGGAUAUGUGUAUUGUACAUGGAUAUUUUGUGUUGAGUGAAAGCAGCAAAUUUGAGUUUAAAAAAUAUUGAUUCUUGGAAAAAAUUCAAAUUAACCGACAAAAUGUUGGAUACGAGCUACCUACAGGACUACGAUGUCCCACGUCCACAAGCCAUAAAAAUCCAUAAGAAACUUUAUGCAAAAGCCAUCUAUGAUAACUUUGCUGACUCGCCGGAUGAGUUGGCCUUCAAAAAAGGCGAUGUCCUCACCGUUAUAGAGCAGGACACAGAUGGCUUGGAAGGCUGGUGGCUUUGCUCGUUACGUGGACGCGAGGGUCUGUGCCCCGGCAAUCGACUGCGCAUAUUGAACUCCUACGAUUCCGGUUGCUUCUCCUUGUCACCGCCACCCUCGCCCUGUCCCUCGCUGGCACCCAGCCUGAUUACCUUGAAUAGUAACUCCACCGCUUGCUAUGAUCAUUUGUCCAUCAACAGCAGCGGUGGCACCAUCAGCAGCAGCAGCAGUAGUCACCAUGGCAACAAUGCAACCGCCCACAGUGGUGUUGGACUGCGCGACAACCAACAGACACACCUCCUGACACAGCAGCAGCGACAGGGCACACGACGUUCCUGGCAUGUGUCGCCAAAUAAGGUAAUAACUCCCCAGCGACACGGUGAUGUUUACAUCUACAACUGGCCGGCAGCAGCAGCGUCAGUCAGUCAUCAUCGGCACAGUCAACCUUACCAACAACAACAUCAGAAUCAACCACAAUCACAAUCUCAGCAGCUUUAUAGCAACCAAAGUAUAUAUCAGAACAUCUGCAUGAUGUCGGCGACGGCUGCAAACUGUAGCGGAAAUGGAGGCGAGUUCGAGACUUAUGACACACCAAAGCCGGCUACCCCAGUCAAUUACGAUUGUCCCAAGAAUGUGUGUCGUACACCAACGCAGCUACGCUUCGGCGAUUCCAUGCAGCUCAAUAUGAAAGUCUGCUCUACACCCAUACAAGAGGAAUCAUAUGAUGUGCCACGCCCACUAAAUACGCUGAUUCAGCAUCAAAACACCCUGACGCCUAGCAGCUCGAAUUCAUCGUUGCUCACCAGCGACAGCCUGAGCUUAUCCUUUUCAUCAUCGAAUCGUUCAUCGCUGGCGAAUAUACCUGACUACGAUGUGCCACGUCGCAAUCCAAUACCGGUGCGAGCAGUACAACAGCAAUUGCUACUCCAACCAAGACAGCAGCCGACACAAUUCGUGAAUGGCAACAGUUCGACCUACGAUUUUCCGCUGCCGUCAAAUCUAAGCACACCGGUCGCAGAGAAAUCUUCCCCCAAUGCCACACUGCUGGCUGCCGCCGCCACCAAGGAGCUGCCACUAGAGUUGUCCUCAGCACUGUACACGCUCGAUAAACUACAAUUUGAAGCAACAAAUGCAAUCACAAAGUUGCUCUCCUUUGUCACGCCAAACUGGCGUCUACGUGAAAAGCUUGAGCCCAUAUUGAUGGACGUUAAGUUGGCCGCCGUACGUUUGCGUACCGCCCUUCAUGACCUCAGUGAGUUCGGUGAAGGUGCACUGGGCAACGCUACCCGCUCAGAAGAUCGCAAUUUGGCACUCAAGUUGCGGCCACAUGUGCGGGCCUUACGCGAUGCUGACAAGCUUUUACACGACACUACACAGGCGCUGGACGCGCAGGGCUGGGCGCUGGAGCAACUCACGCGCAAUGAGGAGAAAUUCAAGACUAUCAACAAGCCGCCCGACAGCCUAGAUCAACUCAUUGCAUGCGCGCAAACCCUCACCGAGGACGUGCGGCAGACCAGCUCCUUCAUACAUGGCAAUGCGUCACUUCUAUUCAAACGCAGUCUGAGCGAGGCUGGCGAGGAAGAGAUGGACAAUGCAAAAAGCGCUGGCGUCACGCAGGACCAAAAUACUACGAAUCGUGGAAGUUCGGAGUGGGUAGAAGACUACGACUAUGUUUCUUUUGAGUCCAAAGACGCUGCCGCGAAAAAGAAUUCGGCGCUGCGUGAGGCAAUACCAGCUAAUUUGAAAAAGAAUUUCGACACUGUUAUUAAGGCAGCCGAGACCACGGUUAUGGCCGCUUCCAACGUGACAACGCCGACAACCAACAACGCAAAUGCCAAGAAACAAGAGCUCACUCACAAAGACAAGAAGUUGGUGUGCUAUUAUGCUGUGCAAAUAUCAACCCACAUGGGCAACCUGCAGCAGGCGAUCGACUCUUUCCUGGAGACUGUUGAGAAAAACCAGCCACCGAAAUUUUUUAUUGCCUACGGCAAAUUCGUUGUGGUCAGUGCACACAACUUGGUCACCAUUGGCGAUAUAGUGCAUCGAAACAUAUCCAAACAAGAACUGCGCGAGAAAAUUCUACGGUGCACAGAUGCGCUGUCCGAGGCGCUCAAAACGUGUGUGCAAAAGUCAAAGAAGGCCGCAGCCCAAUUCCCCAGCGUCACAGCUGUGCAAGAAAUGGUAGACUCGGUGGUGGACAUUAGUCACUUGGCAGCGGAUCUCAAGGUCGCCAUGUUGCAUGCCGUGCAGCUAAGUUUAUAAAUUGGUCUGGCCUAGAGUUGUAAGUCGUGGUCGCAUACUGCGCUCCUACGGACAUACGCACAUACACAUCUGUAUUCUUCGUAUGCGUAUGCAUGUAUGUAAGCAGAGGGACCACACAGCAACGCGAUGUUUGCCGUUGUUAGUUGUCAAAGGGCUUCAAAAGUCUUCCACACCCAGAGCAAAUCGCCAAACUACUUAAACCGCUGCUAACAGUAAUAAAUGUGCUUCAACGCUUUAUGCUUCCAGCAACAAUAAUUGUAGCAAUUAAUUUACCAGUAAUGGGGCUACUGCAUAUAACAGAUAUUUAAGCACAAAUGAAACAUAAUCAACCGAAGCUGACUGCACGGCAAAAUGUCGGGAAUCAAAAGCCAAAUUCUUGUCGUUUAGAGAGAAAUGAUUUAACGGUAUUGCAAUAAGACAAACAAUUGGGCAUCUAGCAAACGAUUUUCGGAAUAAGUUAGGAAGAGUGCGCGACGAGCGUACGCCGACGAAGCACUUCCACAUACUAAUGUGUGUGUGUGUAUGUAAUUAGUAAUGUUAAUUUAUAUAUAAUUUUAAAUGUGAUAUUUUAAGCGAAAACUGUCUAAGCAAUUAAUACAUAAAUCGCAAAUUUUUACAAAUGCAAUUGCAUGCAACCACAUAUCUAUGUAAAUGUAUAUGUGCGUACACACAAAUAAAUUGUAUUAUACAUACAUAGGGACAUCGACUAUGUAAAGCUUAAUUUAUUUUAAUUUGUUGUAUUUGUAUUGUAGAUAUUUCUUUAUCGAUGUGACAUACCUUCUCGCAUUGACUCCCCGCAUACCCCACUGUAAAUCAAACUUGGUCUUUUUAUUUUUACAUUUAUAUGGUAUGUAGUUAGUUAUUUUUCUCUAAAAGUGCGAAGAAGAGCUUAUGUG